GUUGUACGCUUGAUUCGGAUCUCUGCCGACAAUUUACUCCACACCGCGCUUGUUACGUGCGGGAGACGAAAGAAACGGCGGGCUAAUAGCUAAAACCCUAAGCGAUAUGCCUAAGCAACGCCAAACUUGUACGCGGUGCAGCCAACGUCGGCAGAAGUGCGAUCGAAGCAAGACUGGCAAGGCACCCUGCAGCCGAUGCGUGCAGAACAAUGAGGGCCACCUAUGUAGCACUGUAUGGAAUGGCGGCUACGAUCCGACUGUACACCGGAAGUAUCCCAGGAAGACUUCGCCGAGUGCAUCAUGGCCUGCGAGCAGCGAUACCGCAUCCUCGCUGACCCCCCCUGCUUUGCCAACUGUUGAUCAGCUCAAACUACCUGCAUUGACCCCUGACAUUCAAACCCCGUCCCGCACUCGAAAUCAAACUCUCCCUUCGCGUUUUGGAUCUCAGGGUGCGUUAUCAGGCCCACUCUCAGCUGUCGGACCAGAGGCUUUGUCAGCAGGCGCCUCGCAGUUUCCAGAGAUCAACAUCGGAGCACUCAUCUCAGAGAGAGAUGUAUCAACCGUCCCAUUACUGGAUCAAGAAUCCCACAACAUACGAUCCCGAGACGGCCCAUUUCAUGAAAGAAUGGGGACGGCGUCGAACUCUGUCGGCUGCUAUUCGCCCGCUGCAAGGGCCGUAGAGACAGUACAAAUGCAGUCAUUGCUUCCACCAGUGGACAAGAUAUUAGCGAUCGUAAACUAUCACGAUCAGUACUUGUCGUAUUGGGGCGGUGGCCUGUAUCAUAGCCCUACUUUCAGGAAACAGAUUGAAAAAGCGGCCAACCAGUCUAACAAGCUCGACUUAACCGUUGUAGAUUGGCGAUGGACCGGCCUGCUUUUCUCUAUCCUCUCCUCUGGUCUCAUAUCAUCACCAGAAGGCGUAUCGCUCGAAUGGGGCUUCACCAUCGAGGAAAAGGUUCGAUUAUCACGACUGUGGGGUGCUGCGACAGUAACCUCGCUGAACCUUGGCGACUACACAUCGCAGUAUCAUCUGAACUCCAUACAAGCGAUCAUGAAUCUGCACGGGUUCGAGCACCUUGUUGGCUCUUCAAACCAAUGGGCCGCGUUGCGUAGUGUCGCCAUGGUCAUCGCACAAGGGCUAAAUCUACACCGACUCAGCCCACAUCCCGACGACCAGAGGCUACCGUACCUCGAUGAGAAACAGAAAGAAGCGUUCAUCGAACGCGAGAUGGGACGCCGUGUUUGGUACGCUGCAGCCACCCAGGAAUGGUUAUCCUCUAGCUCUCAGACUUUUCCGGGAUACACCAUUCAGCGGAAGCACUUCACCACUUCGCAGCCGGCCUCAUUCGACGAGGAUACCAUCUCGCCCGUAGAGGAAGGCACACCCACUUUCGCUGUGCUUGCCAAUUACUUCUUUGAGCACGCGUACUUGCUUUUGCAGUUUGGAGACGCCAUACUCGAGGCCGAGACCUUGGAUGAUCAAGGUAGGUACGAUUUGAUCUUGAAGUGGGAUGGUGAACUGCGAUCGAGCUACGCCGACCGGAUUCCCAAGUGUCUUUCACAUAAAACAGCCCUGCAACCUAACUGGCCGAGAUGGGUCGGUCGAGCACGAAGACUGCUCGAGGCAUCGUGCAGCCACAAGAUCAUCAUGAUUCACCAAAGCUUCUUGAACAAGAGCUACAAAGACCCUCGAUACACGUACAGCCGCUGGGCGUGUUCGACCGCCGCAAAGCAUGUACUCUCACUGUAUCAAAAGCGGGAACCUGACGAGCCACAAUUCUGGGUUGAGCAAGCUUUCGCCAUCACCGCCGGUAUAUGCCUCGUCCUUGAUCUGUUUCACCGUACCGAGAUCAAUGCAGAAGCCCAGGAGUAUCUUGUCUACGUCAAACAAGCCGUCAGCUACCUGGCCUCGUUUCCAACCAGCUCAGUCGCCAAUCACGGUGUGCGAGUUUUGACCUCGCUGUUGCAGGAAUACACCAAGAAUUUCGACACUGCAAAAGGCAUCGCACAAGCAAAGCACAAUGCUGCUCGAGCUUCAGCUACUCCAAUGCCGCGUCAGACAACUGGCAUCGAUAGUACCUCAGUUGCCGAGGCUGGCCUCAUGCCUCCAAACGUAACCAUGAACCCUGAUCUUCUUCUGCCAACCGACGCGACAUCCGCGUUCAACUUUGACACCGACAUGAUGGAGUUUGAGAAUCUACUGGAUAGUCUUCCGGGUGACAUGGGCGUCGAUACUGGCGCGUUCUACGACGGGAUAAUGUCCGCAUCCAAUGGACCGUUCAAUGGAAUAUGGUGAAUCUGAGGUUGCUUCAUGACCCUUAUCAGCAAAGAUUGGACUGCGAGCAUGGAAGAGCAGACGAGUACAUUGAGGGGUGUCAGCGUUGCGCGCAGUUGCCGAGGCAAAGUGACCCCACUACCUAACGUCGAUCUCCCAUUGAACCAUCCACCAUGGUUCGGUUAUUUGCGACGAAACGUAAACUCUGUACUGCCGCAGACUAUCAGCAAACUGAUGUAUCAAAAUCGCGCAACAUGAAGGCCAUCCUUAUUGACCGUUUCGUUACAGAUCUCGCAAGCAUUCGCGCUCAAGACGCGCCUUCUCCAGAACCCAAGUCAUCUAAAGCUAUCCAUGUGAAAAUCACCCACGCAGCAAUCACCCACGUCGAUCUCCUGUACGCUCAGGGCCUGCACCAGAACAACAAGCGG